AUGUCGGCAGUACGGGACUCUGCCUUUGGUGGCAUCAUACGUCUCGUCAGUCGCAACAGGUACUUUCAGUACCCCGAAGAGAAACCAGACUUUCAACUACCGGAGCCAUGGGUGAAGCUCAUGAACAACGAGGAGCCAAGCCAGCCAGCCACCUUCAACAGUGUGCCGACUUCCUCUUCGGACUCAUCCGUGUCUGAUGACGAGGAAAAGCAAGCAGAAGGAGAUGUACAGCCAUACCAGAAGCCAGGCGAGAGGUCAAAUCUAGGCCUCCAGCGGACCAAGAGUCGAGAGGAGACCACACCUUACACUGCGGAUCGACUAGAAGUGGACGAGAGACACGAGCUCGAGAAGACCCGGUCGAUUCCCAUUGUACCCCGCAAGACAAAGGACGGUGCAAUUCUUGUUGAUUGGUACUAUUCCGACGACCCUGAGAAUCCCCAGAACUGGUCCAACUCCCGCCGUGCCUUGGUCACAACUAUAAUUUGCCUCUAUACCUUUGUAGUGUAUAUGUCCUCGGCGAUUUACACCACCUCAGAAGAAGGAAUCAAGGAGGAGUUCGGUGUAGGCCAGACCGAGGCCGCACUGGGUCUCUCGCUAUUCGUGCUCGGCUAUGGGACCGGGCCUCUGAUCUUCAGCCCGCUGUCUGAGCUCCCAGCCAUUGGCCGCAACCCAAUCUACAUCAUCACCAUGUUUCUGUACACCAUCAUCUCCAUCCCGACAGCCCUGGUCCAGAACUACCCCGGCCUGAUGGUUCUUCGGUUCCUGCAGGGUUUCUUUGGGUCUCCGUAUAUGUACUCGCUCCUGUCACUGCCAUACGCCAUGAUCGCAUGGGUUAGUGCAGCGUACUGCGGACCGGCCCUUGGUCCUCUGCUGUCUGGAUAUUCGGUACCAAUCAUGGGAUGGCGCUGGUCUCUCCUCGAGGUGAUCUGGGCUGCGUCACCAAUGUUCCUGGUCAUGUUCUUUUUUCUCCCAGAGACAAGCACGCCAAAAAUCUUGUUGCGACGCGCCCGCCGCCUGCGGAAGAUGACAGGCAAUGACCGCUUCAUGAGCCAAAGCGAGAUAGACCAGCGCAACCUCAAGACAUCGGCCGUGUUGGUGGAUGCGCUCAUCAAGCCGCUCGAGAUCACGAUCAAGGACCCGGCCAUCCUAUUCGUGCAGAUCUACACGGCCAUCAUUUACGGCAUCUAUUACAGCUUUUUCGAGGUUUUCCCUCUCGUAUAUCCCGUCUACUACCAUAUGACGGCUGGGCAAAUCGGCCUAGUGUUCUUGUGCAUCCUUGUCGCCUGUCUCAUCGGUAUCGCCAUCUACAUCAGCUAUAUUUACUUCUAUAUGAACCCUAGGAUCAAGGCCAAGGGCUGGCCCGUCCAGGAAAGCCGCCUCGUUCCCGCCCUCGUCGCCGCGUUUGGGCCCACCAUCGGGCUGUUCAUCUUCGCAUGGACUGCCGCUCCUCAGUACCCCUGGAUCGCCCCUACGAUCGGCAUCACCCUCUACGGAGCGACGGUCUUCGUCGUGAUGCAGUGCAUCUUCGUCUACGUCCCCAUCAGCUACCCGCAGUACGCAGCAAGCCUCUUCGCCGGUAACGACUUCUUCCGAAGCGCCCUUGCGUGUGGCAGUAUCCUCUUCGCUGGGCCGCUGUACGGGAACCUGGGCGUCGCGCGAGGCACGAGUCUGCUUGGUGGACUGAGUACCAUUGGCAUACUCGGUAUCUUCCUGCUCUACAUUUAUGGGGGGAGGCUGAGGGCCAUGAGCAAGUUUGCUUCUUCGGACUGA